AUGAGUAACCUCCCUAAGAAGAAUGAAGAGUAUGGUACCCAAAUCUAUUGGGACAAACGCUAUCAGGAAGAAGAGGAAGGGGCUACAUUCGAUUGGUUCAAGAAGUACGAAGAAGUAGCGGAUAUUCUACGUGAAACGAUUCCCGACAAGGAUGCCCGAAUCUUGAUGCUUGGCUGUGGCAACUCGACUCUGUCUGAAGAUAUGUACGAUGAUGGCUACAAGAAUAUCGUCAACAUUGACUACUCCGGCGUUGUAAUCACUCGGAUGAAGGCUCGACACGGAGGAACCAGACCAGAAAUGGAGUGGUUGGAGAUGGACAUACGCGAUCUCAAAUUCGACGACAACACCUUCGACGUGGCCAUAGACAAAGGGACGAUGGAUGCGAUGAUGACUGCAAAGGGAGACGUCUGGGAUCCGCCGCAACAAGUCAUUGAUGAUUGCACGAAGGAGGUCGAUGAAGUGGUCCGAGUUUUGCGCAAAGGGUCUGGCUCGUUCAUCUACCUUACCUUCGGGCAGCCACAUUUCCGGAAACGAUAUCUGACACGCGACGACGCUUCUCUGGAGAUCAAGCAGAUCGGGGAUGCCUUUCAUUAUUACUUUUAUAUCCUCCGAACGUAG